CAGAGCGCAUUCAGCGAGGAGAGGCAGGCGUACCCAAACCCCACUUUUUCAACACGCUUCUGGGAGGAAUUUUAUACUGCUUUGACGGGAUAAUGUCUUUAAAAGUUUUCGACGUGUUUUGGUAGAAAACAAAGAGCGUAAAUCCACGAGAAGGCUGGUUUAACGGAACAUAUUGUAACUUUGGAAACCGAGUUUACAUAGCGUUUCCACAACUAUGGCGCUCAGAGCGAGAGCUUUAUACGACUUUACCUCAGAAAAUCCCGGAGAAAUAUCUGUGACAGAAAAUGAAGUCCUCACUUUAUGUAGUGAAGAGGUUGUCGAUGGUUGGCUGGAGGGCACUAACAGCAGAGGUGAGACGGGGCUGUUCCCUGCAUCAUACGUGGAGAUUAUAAAAACUGACACAUCACUGCACGGUAACGGGACGUCCGCCAGUCAGGACUACUACUAUCAAAGUAGUCCUCAGAGGAGGGACACCUCAAACGAAUCAACACCCACACACGCUGUAUACCAGGGGCAUCUUCAACAGCAGCGACUCAGUUUUCAGACGAGCCAAGGAAGUGACGAGGAUUGGGACGAUGACUGGGAUGACAGCGGGACGGCGGAGGAACACGGAGGAACACCUGAAAAACGCGGGAAUCCUCAAGCGGGAUACAGCAGCACAAACCCCUCAGCUUCUCGACGUGGUAGUGCACAACAGUCCAAAAGCACAGGAACAGUAGGGAAAAAUCUCAAUAGGUUUUCGACUUUUGUAAAGUCAGGCGGUGAGGCGUUCGUUUUGGGUGAAGCAUCAGGUUUGGUGAGGGAUGGAGACAAAAUAUUUGUAGUUAUGGGUCAGAGUGGUCCAGAAUGGCAAGAUAAUCCAUAUGCAUUCACUUGCACUAUUGAUGACCCUACAAAACAAACCAAAUUCAAAGGUAUGAAGAGCUAUAUGUCCUACGGACUCACGCCGAGUCAUACUCAAAGCCAGGUGAAUCGAAGAUACAAGCACUUUGAUUGGCUUUAUGCGCGACUUGUUGAAAAGUUUCCGGUCAUUUCGGUCCCUCACUUACCUGAGAAACAAGCCACAGGCCGAUUUGAGGAGGAUUUCAUUUCAAAGAGAAGGAAAGGUUUAAUAUGGUGGAUGAAUCACAUGACGAGUCAUCCUGUUUUAUCCAAGUGUGAUGUUUUCCAGCAUUUCCUCACCUGCAGUAGCACUGAUGAAAAAGCCUGGAAGCAAGGCAAGCGAAAGGCCGAGAAGGAUGACUUAGUCGGCGCUAACUUCUUCCUCACAAUCUGUCCUCCAGCUUUACCGCUUGACUUACAAGAGGUAGAAAACAAAGUGGAGGGCUUCAAAACAUUCACCAAAAAAAUGGAUGAGAACAUCAUACAGGUCAACGUCACUAUUAACGAGUUUGCCAGAAAGCAGAUCACUGGUUUUAAAAAGGAAUAUCAGAGAGUUGGACAGGCUUUCAGUCUUCUAAGUCAGGCUUUUGAGGUCGACCAGCAAGUAUUCUCAUCUCCGCUGAACAAGGCCAUGGCAAACACUGGAGAAGUCUACGACACCAUUGGGGAUUACUUUGCAGAGCAGCCUCGUCAGGAUUUGGAGCCAAUUUCUGAUCUUUUAGCGAUUUACCAAGGACACCUCGCAAACUUUCCAGACAUUAUCCAUGUUCAGAAAGGAGCCCUCACUAAAGCCAAGGAGAGCCAGAAGCAUGGGGAGGAAAAAGAUGGCACUGCAGGAGGAGGCAUCAACGACCGCUGCAACAUCAUCUCCUGCGCCACACUAGCUGAAAUCCAGCACUUUCAUUGCAUACGUGUGCGCGACUUCAAGGCACAGAUGCAGCAUUUCUUACAACAGCAGAUCAGCUUCUUUCAGAAAAUCACAGGCAAGUUAGAAGAAGCCCUGGACAUGUAUGAUCAGGCAUAGGAGAUUCAAUGCUACACUGCUUGAGAGAAAUGAAAUAAAAUACAAAUAAUCAAUUUAUUACAGAUUAUUGAAAUCACAGUUAGCCUCAUAGAGGGCUUUUCACAUUAGGCCUAGUUAACCCUGGCACAUAUUAAACCCUGGAUAAACAGAAUAGUGGGUUAAUCUUGUUUCACACUGCUUAUAAUUUACCCUGGGUUAACAAUUAAUCUUGCAUAUUCAUAUGCUGAAGUUUCACAAUUGUAUUUCUACAAUAAUUUCAAAUGUCAGCAUCAUUAGCUAUGUUUCCAACCAAAGUUGUGAAUUUACGAACAAAAUUAAAAUAUCAGAUAUAACUAGGCAUGGGCUGGUAUAAGAUUCUGACAGUAUGAUAAAAAUGUCAUAGUUUCACGAUAUUGUGAUUACUUCUCUAAAAUAAGCUCUUUUUAAAUGUUUUAUUAAAAAACAACAAGGUUUUUCCCUUUUGAACACAAUGUAUUUUAUUUUAGGGAACAUUUAUAAUAUUUUGGCGCAGUAAACAUGCUCAAUAAUUCAAAUAUAUCAUUGACUUCUGCUGGCUUCAUUAGUCUCAAAAACAGAUUUCUUUACGACACAUAAAAAUACAAAAAAAAAAAAAAACUCUAUAUACAGUAUACCUUAGGAAAGGUAUAACAGAAAAUUGUUGCGGUUUUAAUACCUUGACUUUUCCAAACCACGGUAAACCUUGAAACCGGUUAUCAUCCCAUCCCUAGAUAUAACAUUUGCAAAUAAAGCACUUUUUCCAUUCCAUGUUCUGAACAUAAUAAAAUCCCCUCUUCCUUGGGAAACAAACAAUGUGAAUAUUAUAAUAGUGUGAAUAGAAUGUAGUGUGAAUAUUCAUUCAUUCAUUUUCUUUUCGGCUUAGUCCCUUUAUUAAUCCGGGGUCGCCACAGCGGAAUUAACCGCCAACUUAUCCAGCACAUGUUUUACGCAGUGGAUGCCCUUCCAGCUGCAACCCAUCUUUAUGAAACAUCCAUACACACUCAUACAUUACGGACAAUUUAGUCUACCCAAUUCACCUGUACCACAUGUUUUUGGACUGUGAGGGAAACCGGAGCACCGGGAGGAAAUCCACGCGAACGCAGGGAGAACAUGCAAACUCCACACAGAAACGCCAACUGACCCAGCCGAGGUUCAAACCAGCAACCUUCUUGCUGUGAGGCAACAGCACUACCUACUGCGACACUGCGUCGCCAGUGUGAAUAUUACAUAACAAUAUAUGUACUUUUAUGUAAGUGAAAGCACUGUAUCUUUUUUUUCUCCAUAGUAAAUUAAUUGUUUUUAAUAGAUGUCUAAUAGACGUCUAAACAUAGUCGUCUUGGCUAAAACAAGGCUAAAUUUGGGCCGUCAGUGAAAAUCUAAUAGAUGUCUAAGAAUAGGCCAAAACUAGACAUCAAAUAAGCAAAAAUGAAUCAUACACUUAUAAAGUCUGUCUAAUCUGUCUAUUUGACGACUAGUCUAGUUUUUGGCUAUUUUUAGAUGUCUAUUAGAUUUUCACUGACAGCCCAAGUUUAGCCUUGUUUUAGCCAAGCUGUCUAUGUUUAGAUGUCUAUUAAACACAAAACUAUUUGCUGGGCAUCGUCUUAUGAACCAAAUUCACAUAUCUGAUGAACAUCAAGCAAUCUAUACUGUAAAUGUGUUUCAAUUGUUUUUUAUUGGAUAAAAAUGCAGAUCGUGGUUUUUCUUUUCAGCUAUUUUAAUGAAAUAUACAAAAUGUGCAUUAUAAUAUGUGAAUAGAAACAUAGCUAUUGAUUGGACAAUCACAGCAUGUGACCUGUUACAUAAAUUCCGCUAUUGUGCUUUUUUUUUUUUUUUUUGACGAUUUUACAUUUUGGGCGAUAAAAGUAAGUAUGAAACAUUCUAAUUUUCAGUUGACAUCUUCCAUCACGAUUAGACUUUUUUCCCCCAAACUCUGU